GGCCCUGUGCACCAGCAUGUUAGAUUCUGCCACCUCUGUGAUGCCACGCAGCGGGGACCAGGCAUCCAACACUGAAGGCCACCCCAGGCAGGACCUGCCUCUUUAGCCUGGCCUCUGGUGAGGACCCGGCGGGGACCCCACGGCCUGCCGGGAGCUUGGCGUGCCAAGGACAGGCUGGAUUUCGAAAAGGACAUUUCGAGAAAUUUGCAAAUAAAGAUAUCACCAAAGGUUAGAAACAAAAUCAUCUAGAGGAAGUCCUAGUAGUAUGGCAUGUGGAAAUGCACACAUCUCUAGAGCAGACAGUCUUGCUUUGGGGAUCAUUUAUGUGGUUAUCUUAACAAACACCAAGGAAUCAUGAAGUUUGUGUACACUACAGUUACGAGGCUGUGCAGAUUAUGAUUGGCACCUUUACUGUCUUAAUGUGGUAUUUCCUGUUGGUUUUAUACAUGGGACAAAUUAAAGGAGUCUUCGGGAAAUAUGAACCUAUAACAUACAAAACAGGAUGCACAUUGUGGGGAAUUUGUUAUAUCAUAUCAGGAGUCUACAUAAUAAAAUCAGCAAAGUCUCCAGGUCGGAAACUGAUUGUGUCUUCUUUAGUCCUGAGUGUCGUAUGUAUGGUUAUUGCAGUCACUGCAAUAAUUCUGACAGUUUUGGAGUUGUCUACAUUUAGAACUGUGUCAUAUAAGAAUUAUGGGCAAGCGAAACUGGGAAGGGAAGUGUCACGUGUGUUACUGGUCGUCUACCACCUGGAAGUUGCCAUUGCCAUUACGAAUGCAAUCUGCAUGUGUAGCAGUCUGAAUCGAAGACAUGACAAUGUUUCUGUACCUGAAGAGCCAGCUGAAACUACUUUAUGAAAACCUCAGUAAUGUGAAAUUUUUACUGAUGCCAAGACCUGAUGUGGGUAUUAUGAUAUUUCAGUAUUAAAAAGCUGCUGCAAAACCUGCAGACUUUUUGCAAAAGAAAAUACAAAACAAGUUUAAGUUUUCUCAUCAAUAUUCAAGAAAUU